CGCUGAACCUGAGAGAUCCUGCCGACUGUCCGACCAAUAAGACGGCUCUUCUCGGAAGAGAAGCUUCUUUUUCGUCUCAAUCUUACUCAAUAAACAAGACAAAACCUGGAACCACAAAACCAGGAGGAAGCAUUUGGACGAGUAGCCCACUUUAAGGAUGCAGGACGGGAGUUGGAAUCAGCCACUCCCCAUCUCGCUGCUGCUAAAAGACCCAGCAGCGGGCGGGACGUUGGAGGGCGAUGGAGGUGUGUUUUCGGAGGCCUCCUCUGAUGGGGAACUCUACCUGGACACUGUUGCAGAGCUGGAUUCUGGAGUUGGGGACUUUGCAGAUCUUACUGCCUUCUUAAGUGUAGAUGAGAUUAAUCGUAGUCUGGACCUGGCCCGGGAGGCCUUCGGUGACACGGCUGAAGAUCCAAGCCCCUCUAAUCCAACACCCCAGGAUCAGGUUCUCCAACCUAGUCCCUCCCUCCCCGUGAACACCCAGACUACUGAAAACCUUACCACAAGCCCAAACCUGCACCAUCAGACCAAAGCCCCCCACCCAGAUGAUAACGCAGCAGUUAGAGUCUCCUUUGUCCAGAGUGUAGCCCUCAGCAAACCUGUACAGGUGUCCAGUGAGGCGCCGUCCGCUGUUGAGAAGGUUGUCCGCCACAAACCCAUCCAAACACUUUAUAAGCAGGAUAAACCCCGACUGGUCCAUGCAGACCUUGAGCUGAACGACCGGGCGGCUUCAGCCACGGAGUUUUGCAGUCGAGCUGCCACGUUCAUCGAGGAGCUGUCCUCCAUUUUUAAAGGUUCUGCUCACCUGGAGCAGCAGGUGGAGGAGGACUCCUCCUCUCCUGACAGUGGCUAUCUGACUCCCAGGGGCCAGCGGCCAGUCCCUCAGGGCUCCGUCUCUGCUCCGUCUCUGCCUCCCGCCCAGCCGGAGCAGACACAGCACAGCCAGACUGACAUGGGCCCUCAGUCUGGAGACCCAGUGGGAGUGGCAGCUUUAGCGAGGUACCAGCACUCUGGAGCUCCGGCCACGACUGGGCCCCUGUCGCCUCCUCAAUUCCUCCAGAAGCUGAAGAGUCAGGAGGUGGCAGAAGGAAGCCCCAUUCGCCUGGAAUGUCGAGUUAGCGGAAACCCCCUCCCGCUCGUCAGGUGGUUUUGUGAAGGCCGUGAGCUGCACAACUCUCCUGACAUACAGAUCUGGAGGGAUGGUGACCUGCACACACUCGUGAUCACUGAAGCCUUCGAGGACGAUACGGGACGUUACACCUGCGUGGCAUCCAACAGUCUCGGAGCAGACAAUACCUCCGCAGAGGUUUACAUUGAAGGAGCUUCGUCGUCAGACUCAGAGGGAGAAGGAGCAGGUUCAAAAUCCAGAUCAGGAACCAUGUCUCAGGUGCAUAAGAAGACCACUUCAAUGUCCUUAACGAUACGUUCGUCAUCACCCAAAACCACUGAUGUCCUUCCCCGUCGCUCCACCUUGGUCCAGUCCCUGUCUCAGCCUCCACAGCGGAUGCAAAGCCCAGUGUCGUCACUGUAUGUCAGUGAGGUGUCAGGCCCCCCUAUAUUCACCAAGCUCCUGCAGGACGCCCAGGCGUCCGAGGGCCAGGUGGUGGUUCUGGAGUGCAGGGUCCGUGGAUGCGCCCCUCUGCGGGUCCAGUGGUCCCGCCAGGGAGAGGAGAUCCUGGACUCUCCCGAUUUUCGUAUUCUUCAGAAAAAGCCUCGAUCUGCAGCUGAGCCAGAGGAGAUUUGCACCCUGGUGAUAGCCGAGGCCUUUCCCGAGGAUGGAGGUCUGUUCUGCUGCAACGCGUCCAACCCAUACGGCUCCAUAAACAGCACCGCCCAACUCACUGUCUCUGCAGUAGCCGAGGACUCAUCCAGUAAUGGCUUGUCUGGUGACAGCUCAGGGUUUGAGGAUACAGCACCCUUCCCCCCGCCUCCCCCACCCACAGAGAUCAGCCUCCUGGAGCUGCCACCCAAGACGCUGCCUCUUCCCGCCACCGAGGCUUUCCACAUCAAGCAGCUGGAGAUCUGGCCCAGUGUCUCAGCUCUGCCUCCGGCACAAGCACGGUCAGAGGUGGAGGUGGAGCACGGGGGGAAAGAGUUGAUACAGAAUGGCCAGCCCCCGAAUCUGCCUCCCACCCCAAGCCCACCUAAAGAGACCACACCACCAGCCCCACCUCCACCUCUACCACAGUCUGACCCUGUGGCAGAUGUCCCGAUCGUGGCCCAAAGUCCGGCUCAGGUGACACAAGAAUCCCCUCCAACCUCAGACACGCUGUCUCCAUCCCCCGCGAAGGACGGCCCUCCACUGCCGACCAGGCCCAAACCAAAGCUAGCCCAGAAUAUAGAGGAGAAGACAGAAAAUCACAGGAACGCAUCCCAGCUGAAGCAGCUGCAGGACCAGAUUCUGUUGGAACAGCAGGAAGCGGCCAACUGGCAACAGCAGCAUCAACAGGAGCAGCAGAGCCAGGAAGUCCCGCCCCCUCCAGAGCAAGCAUCCCAGGAAGUGCCUCCACCUGCUCCACCGUCUCCACCUCUUCCCCCUCCUCCCUCCUUCCAGGAGUUGGAGAGCAGUGUCACCAUGCAGGCCAGCACCUUCAACUAUGCCCGGCCCAAGCAGUUCAUCGCUGCCCAGAGCCCCGGCGGGGCGGGCUACGUCACCCAGUCCUCGGGCUCCUCAGGCUCCAGCCUGUCCUCCCCUCUGUCUCCGCCCACCUCACACAAGCCCUUCACCAGGGUCACCUUGCCCCCGUUCACCAAGGCGGGCAGCGUGGAGUCUCCCGGCUCACCCUCCUUCCCGCCUCCACCUCCACCCUUCCUCAGCUCCAGUAACCUGUCCUCUCCGACUGGCCCCGCCCAAGACUUCCCUCCUCCCCCGCCUCCUCCUCCUCCACCCCCUCCGCCUAUGUCCAUGUCCCCGGCCUACUCGGAUAUGUCCUCUCCGUUCUCCUCCGUCCCCCCGUCUCCAGCCUCCAGCUUCCUGUCCGCAGUGUUGCCCUCCACACCCUCCACACCCGGCAGUCCCACAGUCAACGCCCUGGGCCUUCCGAAAGGCAAUGGGACUGUCAAAGCGUUCCCCAGGAAGUCCUCGGUCACCAAGACGCCGCGCCUCGCCUCCGACUCGGACAUCCAGGGAUCCAAGGACGCCGUCAUCCAGGAUUUGGAGAGAAAACUGCGCUUUAAAGAGGAGCGCAUGAGCAACGGUCAACAGAGGUUAACCUAUGAGGAGAAGAUGGCUCGCAGACUGCUGGGUGCUGACAACGCUGCCACAGUCUUGAACACUCAGGACACAGAGGAGGAGCCAGUAACACAGGAAGACAAGUCAUCUGAUACUGAAUCUUGCCCUCAAAAGGAAUACAAAGUGUCCAGCUUCGAGCAGCGGCUGAUCAGUGAGAUCGAGUUCCGUCUGGAGCGCUCUCCGGUGGAGGAGUCCGACGAUGACGUGCAGCAUGACGACGACUCCGCUGGCCGCGGGGCGGCGCCGUCCUUCGACCACAAGCUCAAACACUACAAAGUCUUCGAGGGCAUGCCCGUCACCUUCUCCUGCAAGGUCAACGGGGACCCCAAGCCAAAGGUCUACUGGUUCAAGGAUGGCAAGCAGAUCUCCAAGAGGAGCGAGCACUACAGGAUCAGCCGCGAGGCGGACGGAACCUGCUCCCUGCACACCACCGCGGCCUCGCUGGACGAUGACGGCAACUACACCAUCAUGGCGGGCAACCCCGAGGGCAGGGUGAGCUGCACCGGCAGGAUGAUGGUCCAGGCGGUGAACCAGCGCGGCCGCAGCCAGCGCUCGGCACCGGGACACAUGCGCAGGCCCCGGUCCAGGUCUAGAGACAGCGGUGAUGAGAACGACAACAUCCAAGAGCGCCACUUCCGCCCCCACUUCCUGCAGGCGCCCGGUGACCUCAUCGUUCAGGAGGGACGACUGUGCCGGAUGGACUGCAAGGUGAGCGGUCUGCCCACCCCUGACCUCGUCUGGCAGCUGAACGGACAGACCAUCCGCCCCGACUCCUCCCAUAAGAUGCUGGUGAGGGAGAACGGUGUGCACUCACUGGUCAUUGAGCCCGUGACCAGCCGCGACGCGGGCAUCUACACCUGCAUCGCCAGCAACCGCGCCGGGCAAAACUCCUUCAACCUGGAACUCAUUGUCGCAGCCAAAGAGAUGCACAAGGUCCCGUCAUUUGUGGAGAAGCUGCAGAACACCAGCGUGGCUGAGGGUCACCCCGUGCGCAUGGAGUGUCGCGUCACAGGGGUCCCCUACCCGCAGAUCUUCUGGAAACGGGAGAACGAGUCUUUCACUCACAACACGGACAGAAUCAGCAUGCACCAGGACAACUGUGGCUACCUGUGCAUGAUCAUCCAGCCGGCCAUGAAAGAGGACGCCGGCUGGUACACUGUGUCAGCCAAGAAUGAUGCAGGCAUCGUCUCCAGCACCGCACGCCUCGAUGUCCACGCUCAGUGGCAGCAGCCCAACCUCCCCAAGCCCAAGAAGGUGCGUCCCUCCACCAGCCGCUACGCCGCACUGACAGAGAGGGGGCUGGACGUGAAGGCCGCCUUCUUCCCCGACUCCAGCCCGCUGCAGCCCGGGGCCCUGGUGGAGAGCGACGACCUGUAGAGACCCCCAGGCAGGCGCAGGGAUUGUGACGUUACCCCCCCCCCCCAAAGGAACCCUGAACACUGCCCUCGCUCCCAGCACUCCUGAAACAGAUACUUUAUUACGGCGAGGUGGGGGGCGGCAGAAAUUAACCACCAUCAUUGGACUGCAGAUAGCGAUCUACAGGAGGGUCAGCGGGCAGAGAGAGCUGGUGCAGCGGCGGUUUCCUUAUGUUUUUAUCACAUGACUCGACCCAUUAUAUUACGAAAUUCAUCAAGGUGUUUCCCCGAGCUUCAUUUUAUCAACUGGACAUGGAAAAUGAUUGAAGUGUUCGCCUCGAGAAAAGACUGCUCAAAAAUUAUAUUUUCUCACACGCCUUCGUGAACUGCGAGUCUGACUCUGUUCUGCAAAGGGUCUCCUGUUGAAGUGCCUCUCAUUUCUGUAAAGAUAAAAAACAACAACCAAAAAAACAGGUUUCGAAAAUAAAAAGUUCAAUUACUAUGCAUGUUCAAGUGGUGCCAAUGCACACAGUAAUACUGUAUCUACAAGUAGCGGGAGGCAGAGGGAUUCAAAGCAUCCUAGCUUUGACGAAGGAGAUCACAGACUUUUAUUACGUGGGCUUGUGUAGCACAGUGCAGAUUUCUACAGUAUCUGAUCAUAGCAUCACAGUCUCAGUGUUGUCGGGUCGUAGAUUAGCUCACAGACAUCGGACAAGGCCGGGCCUUACGAAACAGUAUGUUUAGAGUUUUUCUUUUUUUUUAGUAAAAGGAAUAAGGUUUAGGGAAAAGAAAGUGUUCACAUGGAUGAGAUUUGCUUGUGGCUGCAGAGGAACUGCACAGUUUGUUUCAAAGAGGAAGACAAAGACGAUAAAAAGGCAGGUUUCUUUGAAAGAGAUACCAACUUUAAUGCGGUAAGUGGGACGUGAGUGACAGUGGCAGAGGUGAGGACGACAGUUCAGGACCUGGAAAAUAGAGAAUGGAGAAAAACCUUUGGUGAUGGCAGGUCAUUUUUGGUGGUUCAUUUUCAUUCUCAUCUGACGGUUCUUUUUUUUGUGCAUCAGAAUGUCCUCACUCAGGAGAGGGUGCUGUGAAAAGGUUUCAAAGUGUUUGUCACACACACAUCACAGAUUGUCAAUUUUAUUUUUGUAUGUAAAAAAAACCAAAACAAUUACUAUUUACCUUCCCAACAAUCUUAAAUAUAAAUUAUAUAUCAGCAACCUUUUGUUCACUGAUGAAACAAGGCUUUCUGUAUCAUGACGUUUACUGCCUUAAAUCACGUUUAGGCUUAAUGCAAACACAUUUUCUUUGCAUUUCUUUUUUUGACACUUGAACAGUGCCAACCACCUUUACCAGUAUGUACAAAAUAGACACACUUCUUUUUCGCCCAGUAUCCGACGUAGCAAACACUCUUAGGCUGGUGAAAAGUGAAAAGCAAGGUAUAUUUAUCUCUACUAUAAUUGUCACCUCUGUAACACUAUACAAAGUGGACAUCUUCUUCUGUCUGUUCAGAGCUUUCAUCAGCUGACAGUUACUGUGUUUGCACAUUUCUAUGCCAAUCAAUGCCUGUAUAUGGAUUGUUCUCCUGAUAUUACUUUAGGUUAUGAAAGUUAAUAAAAAAAAAUCUCUUUGA